UCACCUGUUGUGACGUCAUUCAAAACCAUAACACAAUAUGAAUGAAUGUGUAGAGGUGACGAAAUCUGGAGAAUCUUGUUUUGGUAAAUUCAAGGCCCAAUAGGGCAUGUAUAUGACAUAUUCGCAUGGAAUUACAAUUAAUAUAACAAAUACAUCUCUUUGAAUUUUAAUCCAGAAUAUUUGUGGGGGUAUUUUCCAGCUUGAAAAGGCAUGGAAUUUUUUACACACAAUCGUAUUUUCUUCACAAGAUGGAGGCCUAAAAUGGAUGUGUGCAUAUUUUAUGUGUAUUUAUACGUGUUGUUGUCAUGUCCGUUUGUUAUAUGUACACAUGAAGUUCAUCAUACAAUUGAAAAGGCCAAAAUCUCGAUCAGUUACGUGAACGAAUUGGGUUCUUAUCAAGAAGUAGACCAGUUUGAUUUUGGAAAUUACGGAGAACAUUCUCUAGUAAACAAAGCAAGUCCAGUGAAAGGCCAACUUGUUCAAGUACAGACUUUGUACAAUAAAAGUGAAUUGGGAUGCAGUCCACUUGAUCCAGCAAUAAUACCGAACGAUGAACCAUGGAUUGCUCUCGUCAAACGAGGGACUUGCAAUUUCAAUGAGAAAGUAUACUAUGCGAAAAUUUUGAAAGCAUUGGCAGUAAUCGUAUAUGACAACAAGUCAUUAACGGAAGAUGGAAUAACAAUGGAUAUAAAAGGAAAACAUAGUGGUAGGUAUAUGUGAAAAAUAAGCAUUUAU